CGCUGUUAACUAUGACUCUCACUUCUUAAUAGAGUUGAAUAUCUUGUAAUUUAUUUUCUAUACAUGAUGGAAUAUUCUGGCCAAUGAGAAUAAAGUGUGGAAAUUCGUUAUUUUGAAAUAGAAUUGAAGAUACAACGUUUGUAAGAGAAUUUGUAUUUCUUGCUUUAAACGUUAUAUUUAAGCAAUGCUGAAGGAUAAGAGAUCUAAGUCUCAAACACAAAAGGCAAUUUCUCAAGUUGAAAAUAAUCUUAAACAGUUAAAGAUAUCAAAAGUAAGUUCUGUAUUGACUGAGAAUACAUCAAGAAAUACAGAAAAUUUAAAUAGUACAAACAGUCAAUGCAAUACUUAUUUGGCAAAUAUCAAACAAAUUAAAGAAAAGAGCUCUAAAAAGUCAACAGAAUUGAUGCCGCCACCUAAAUUACCUAUAUCUUCUAACACGAUAGCAUAUAUAUCAAAUAUAACUGAUGAUGACAAGGAAAAUAAAACUGAAAAAAAUAAAGACAUUGAGAAGAAUGUAGAACAAAGCAAUACAAAUAAAAAGAGUCAAAGUGAAAAGAAGUGGGUUUUAACUGAUUUUGAUAUUGGACGACCAUUGGGAAAAGGAAAAUUUGGAAAUGUUUAUCUAGCUAGAGAGAAGAAAUCAAAAUUCAUCAUUGCUAUGAAAGUAUUAUUUAAAGCACAAAUACAAAAAGCUGAUGUGGAACAUCAAGUUAGGAGGGAAAUAGAAAUUCAAACACAUUUAAGGCAUCCAAAUAUCUUAAAAAUGUAUGGAUAUUUUCAUGAUGAUAAAAGGGUAUAUUUAAUUUUGGAAUAUGCUCCAAAUGGAGAAUUAUUUAAAGAAUUGAAUGCACAACCAGAGAAACGUUUUGAUGAAAUUAGAACAGCAACAUAUGUAUCUCAAUUAGCUGAUGCUUUAAAAUAUUGUCAUAGUAAAAAGGUGAUACAUCGUGAUAUCAAGCCUGAAAAUUUAUUACUUGGUAUAAAGGGUGAAUUAAAAAUGGCAGAUUUUGGAUGGUCUGUCCAUGCACCCUCAUCUAGGAGAAAUACUUUAUGUGGUACUUUAGAUUAUUUACCACCAGAAAUGGUUGUUGGAAAAACACAUGAUCAUACUGUAGACUUAUGGGGACUUGGUGUGCUUUGUUAUGAAUGUUUAGUUGGUAAACCUCCUUUUUUAGCUGAAACUUAUGAUGAAACAUAUAUAAAAAUUAAGAAAGCUCAAUAUAAAUUUCCAAACUUUAUUAGUGAAGGUGCAAAAAAUUUAAUAUCUAAGCUAUUAGUAGUUGACGCAAAUCAUAGAUUACCUUUAGAAGAUGUUUUAAGACAUCCUUGGAUUGUGCAAAAUCGAACAACAGAACCACAUGUACCACAAUGAAGUUGUUAAGUUAAUAAGUUUUAUAUUUUGCCUUAUAAAACAGUUAUAUUUCAUUAAAAAAUAUUUUUCAGCAAGAAAUCUAUUUUAGAUAUUUUUUUAUAUUAUUCCUAACAUUGUUAUUUUAUACGUAAAUUAAAGUAUUAUAUAACUUGAAACAGUAUACUACAUGUUUUUUAAGACGUAUAUUCUAUUACGUUUAUUUCAGUUUUCUUAAGUCGAAUUUACAUUGUUAUGUUUAUUAACAUCGUUGUUGAACACUGCUUUCAUCUUUGCUUUCUUCCGCGGGUGAAAUAAGGAUGAAAGGUGUUCAUCCACUGUGUACCUCUAAAGUGAAACAGUGUAAAUUCGGCUUUAAUUUUUGGAGUUUAGCUUAUUAUAUCUAUAUCAGACU